AUGUCCGAGACGCCGGUGGCCUCACCGCGGCCGUUUGCUACGGUCGACGACACGUCUGCGGCACGGGCCGAGUACGAUUAUGAGUUUGUGGGCUAUGGAUCGGAGCUGGUGGUGGAUGAUCUGGAUGCGGCGGUGAUGGCGGCGGAGAUGGAGCAGGCCUCGAUUGCUCGGCAGGCUCAAGCGGCUGCCCGGGCGAGACGAGGAGGAGUAGGCAAGAGCCGUCCCGGUCUGGGCCCGGAGAGCCCGUCGGUGACCGGCGGGCCAAGUGGGCUGGUCCAUUCGGGAGCCGUGCACUCUGGGCCGGUGACGGCGGCGACGCGGCUGCUGGGCCCUCGGACGACGACGAUGAUGCACAAGGAGUACUUUGGAUCGUUUGAGCCGAUGGUGACUGUGGGCGGGCGCGGCGGGCCCGGGACGCCGUACACGACGGCCGGUGACGAUGAGGAGGAUCCGGGCGCUGAGGCGUGGUCGAUCGACGAGCGGCGGAUGUCGACGGUGGCGCGGCGGGCGGCGGCGCCGCACCAGGACUCGACGGCGCAUGUGCUGCUGAACCAGAUGGAGGCGACAGCGAUUGCCGGCAACGACAUCACGGGCUCGGUCCUGUACUGCGCUGGGAUUGUGGGCCAGACAGCGGGCAAGUGGGCGCCGCUGUCGCUGGUCAUGAUGGCUGUUGUGUUGUACGCUUUCCGGCGGGUGUAUGCCGAGGUGGGCGCGGCGCUGCCGCUCAACGGCGGGACGUACACCCUCUUGCUCAACACCAGCUCCAAGUCGUGGGCGGCGAUUGGGGCGUGCCUCACGUUUCUCUCGUACAUUGCGACGGCUGUGGUCUCGGCAUCGAGCGCGAUGACGUACCUGCACGCCAUUGCGCCGCAGGUCGAGGUGUGGUACGCCACGGUUGCGCUGCUGCUGCUUGUGGCGAUGCUAGUGGCGUUUGGCAUCUCCGACUCUGCGCGCGUGGCGAUGCUCAUCUUUGGGGUGCACAUGCUCUCGCUGAUGGCGCUGAUGGUGGCGUCGUCUGUGUACGCGGGCCAGCACGGACAUGUGCUGCGGGACAACUGGGCGGCGGACGAUGCGGCCAACCCGGCGGGCAAGUCUGGGGCGGGUGCGCUGAAGAGGAUCUUCUAUGGCUUUUGCGUCUCUGCGCUCGGCAUCUCGGGAUUUGAGACGUCUGCCAACUUUAUCGAGCAGCAGAAGCCUGGGUCUUUCCCAAGACGCUCCGCAAUAUGUGGGUUGCGGUCUCGAUUCUCAACCCGUGCCUCUCGUUCCUGGCGUGGGCCAUUCUGCCGUACGAGGACAUUUCCAACACGGAUGCGGCGAAUCAGCUGCUUGUCAACAUGGCGCGGGUGGCCGGCGGCGAGGUGCUGCGGUGGGUCAUUGCGGUGGACGCGGUGGCUGUGCUCUCGGGCUCGGUCCUCACGUCGUACGUGGGCGUGA